AUGGACAUAAACGAGAAGAUCCGCACCAUGCCGGCGGAGCAAUACGACAUCGAGGAAGACGAGAUGAACGCCUUCCGGGACGCGCCGGCCUUCGACCUCGCCCUAGUCCGCAACGAGUUCGAGAAGACGCAGCUGCAGUGCUGGAACAUCCUCAAGAUGCACGCGCAGAGCUACGACCCCAUGGAGGACUUCCAGUCGAAGCCCGGCACGCGGUGGGUGUGGAGCACGGGCUCCGAGUUCGACCCGUCGGCGCCCAACCUGUACAACAUCAGGCUGUGGAUGCGCAAGAGCAACUACACCGAACUUGUACGGCGGAACCCCGACAGGGCUAUGCCAAAGGACGCUGAGUUGAAGGUCCUGGCCUGCUUUACGUUGGAUGAGGUAAGGGAGAUCUGCUCCGACCUCACCGCGGCUGUCAAGAGGUGGACUGCCCAUGCUGUGGAUCUGCCCGAGAAGUUCGGCUACCCCAUCAGUACAAGUGAGCCUGAUUAUGUCGAUUUCAGGUUUUCUCGAAGUAAGAUACCACCCUUUUCCUCCUUACGGAGAGUUGAACUGAAGGGUUUCCAGCCGGCAACCCCUUUCCUGGCUCCUGAGUUGGUGACCUCGAUGGCGCCUCACGCUCAGGGAGAGUCCGGGCCAACAGGUGAGGUGUUGACUCGCAAGUAA